GCCGCGGUUUGGGCAGGCGGCGCGCCGGGCGCAUGCGCGCCGGGGUUGUGACGCGGCGACGGCAGCCGCGGGCGCGAGGCGACGGAGUCCGGAACCGCGGCGGCGUCCUGGUGUUCCCAACGCUCCUUGCUCGCAGGUGAAAAAAUGGCGUUUGUGAAGAGUGGGUGGUUGCUGCGACAGAGUACUAUUUUGAAGCGCUGGAAGAAGAAUUGGUUUGACCUGUGGUCGGAUGGUCACCUGAUCUAUUAUGAUGACCAAACUCGGCAGAGUGUCGAGGAUAAGGUCCACAUGCCAGUGGACUGCAUCAAUAUCCGCAUGGGACAUGAAUGUCGGGAUGUGCAGCCUCCAGAUGGGAAGCCGAAAGACUGUAUGCUGCAGAUUGUUUGCCGAGAUGGGAAAACGAUCAGUCUUUGUGCAGAAAGCACAGAUGAUUGUUUGGCCUGGAAAUUUACGCUUCAGGAUUCCAGGACAAAUACAGCUUAUGUGGGCUCAGAAGUCAUGUAUGAUGAGACUGCUGUGGCUGCUUCUCCACCUCCCUACACAGCCUAUGCCACACCAACCCCUGAGCAGGCAUAUGGCUAUGGUCCAUACAGCGGUGUGUACCCGCCCGGAACUCAGGUGGUCUACACUGCGAAUGGGCAGGCUUAUGCUGUACCCUACCAGUACCCAUGUGCAGGACUUUAUGGACAACAGCCUGCCAACCAAGUCAUCAUUCGUGAGCGGUAUCGAGACAAUGACACUGAUCUGGCGCUGGGCAUGCUGGCUGGAGCAGCUACGGGCAUGGCCUUAGGGUCUCUGUUCUGGGUCUUCUAGAGUCCUUGAAAUCUGGAUAUGCAUAGCUUCUGAUACCCUAUGUGCAAUAAUAUAAUUUGCAGGGCAUUUCUGUUUGUCAUAAAUGUUUUUAAUAAUAGUUUUAAUAGUUCUUUUCAAAGUAGUGACAUUAUAGUUAUAACUGAUCCACGUAAGUACCACAGAGAAGGCACUGGACUGGCUCUUUAGCUAAAACAUGGACUCUUGGGGACACUGGAUUGUUUCAAGUUUCCUUAUGGAACCCUCGAAAUCCCUUUUUGAACAUACCUGUUAGGAAAUACAUUUUCUUUUUAGGGAUGGGCAUAGUGCUUAAGGGAUCAUUUAUUUUAGUGUUACGCUAGUUGGUAAUACGGUGAUCUGUGAGUGAGUGAGUUAGUGUGGCAAGAGAAGCUGUAGCUUCUUUCGGUUUAACAUCAGACCUGGAAACCUCAGACAGCACUGGCUGUCUGUUACUUCAGGAGUUUGGGCUGGUGAGCUGCCUGGGAGCUUCCCUGAGGCAGUGGUGUGAUGUGUGGGGCUCUGCAGGCUUCCAGCCAGGCUGGCUGCUCGGGGUGAGGGGGCAGUUCUGCCUUUAACAGUGAUGCUGGUUUGUUUUUGGUAGUGGCCUUUGGAAAAUGCUCCAAAUUAGGAAUUGACUUGAGCCUCAAAGGGCUUUAUCCCUUAAAACUUGAAGAAGACAAAACAAUGACAAACAAGUAUGUAGAGUGGAUUUGCUUUAUUCAGAGGCAUUGUUUUUAGUGUCUGCCUUGAGUAUUUUUAUUGCCACCCCAGCCCACUUAGAGCCUAUUUUUCUACUUGUUGAGAAGGUAAUAUUAAAAGAAUGGUGGGGAAAAUGGAGUGAGAGCCGUGGUUACAGUGCUACUGGUUCAGGCCUGCCAGGGAGUGCACUGCAGAGAGGAUGCUCUUUUCCAUACUUCUGAAGGCUGUUGAAGGGCAGCUUUCCUGUCCUGUGUGGGAGUGGGGCACUGUGGGUGUCCCCAAGCACUUGGGUGUGUGUGGAGCCCUGCUGGUGGCACAGUGCCGGGCUGUGGGGGAGACUCAGGUUAGAGAUGGGAAAUAAGGCCUAAGGACAUGGAUGACCUUGAGAUAUCACUCACCAGACCAGGGCAUCAGCCUUGUUUUUAUUUCUGACUCAAAUAUCAUAGAGAAGCUUAAACCUUUUAAUUUUCAGCCCCAACUAUGUGUGAAGCUUGGGAAAACCCACAGUCCUGCAUUUCUGUUAUUAUCUCUGUGAAUUUUUAAAGCUCCUAAUUAUUCCAGUUUUCUGUCCUCCAUGCUUUAAAAAAUGUACUUUUAUGAAGGCAGAUUUGCACAGUGAAAGUCCCUGCCCCUACACUCCAUGUGGCCCUGUUUUCCAUAAAGUACACUCCUAGUAGCACAAAUUCUAUUUUUUAUGCUGUUUGGCCAGAUACAUACAUACAUACUCUUUUGUUUUACUGGUCAACUGACUCCAUCUCUGAGGCUUAAAUAGAUCUCCCUGUGAAGCCAGAUGCCAAAUGAACUUUGUGGUGACUGCAGGUCUGUUUUCCUAGUCAAUUCUAAUGGACUUGUUGACACUGGAGAGUCUGUUUCCAGCAAAAAGGAAGUGUAAUUGUCAUCUCUUUGGAUGUUUGACAUGGUGGAAAAUUACCAGAUGUGAUGUAUGAUAACACUGUCAUUUUGAUUGGUAAAAAUGUUACUUUUAUGAUUUUACAUCCUAUGUAGUAAGAAUGGCUUUGUUCAAAUGGUAAUCAUUAUUAAGACUGUAUGCUUUACUUACAGAAUAUUAAACUCAGUUGUUAAUGUUGCAUUUUGGGGUAUUAAUUUUGAGCUUGAGGUUACUGGAACCACAGAGUAUUGAGUCACGUCACUGAAAUGCCCUUGAAGCAAGCAUUCUUCUGGUUUUCCCCCAGCUGCCCUCAGACUGAAGGGGGAGAGCUGUGGACUGAAGCUUGGCAUACAUGUGUGCCCCAUCCUCAGUCCCUGUCCCCACUAGGGCCAGCCCUGUUGAGCAGCUGUAGUUGAGACUGGAAGUUCCCUGUUGCUAGUGACUAGAUGCUGAUGUGAAAUGCAUACCAGGUGUAAAGAUGGGCUGAGAUUUCAUUUCCCUGUCCCACCUCCCAUGGGUGCCAACCAUUUGAUUGCCUCACUUAGGUAGUUCUACAUCAAGAAGUCCAGUGAGCUGGAAGGAACUCGUUCAGAUUUGAGUAAGCAUUUUACUUCCGUGUGCACUUUUAAAUAAUGUACCUGGAAAAAGUUGGCCGUUGACAUUGUAUACCUGCUGACCGGGUUGUUUUUUAGCUCUCUUCUUUUAAUUCCUGCAGUUAACUUUAGGGUCUUAGCUAGUAAACAGAAAGGAGAGACCAGAGGCUGAUUUCAGAUCACCAUCCAUGAAACAGGCCAGACCAGGACCCAAGAUCUGAUCAUAAGGGCAAGUUCCUGCAGUUGAGACAGAAUGACCCAAGUUUAUUUUCUACUUCAGUUGUGAUCCUGUGUAAUCUUUCUUUCUCCUUCUCAAGUUUGUGUAGACAGAGGCAUGGAAUGCAGUUCCAUUUUUUUCCCACUAGAGUUGAUCUUUCUUCUGAUUGCUUCCCUAUCUCUUGUAUUCCGUGUGUCCACAGAACCUAUUUUUCCCUGUAUAUGCAAAUUGUAUGUUUAUAAGUGGAAAUGUUAAUUCAGUAAAUGAUUGUUAAUCUUAAAGCA